GGUUCAAAAAGCAGGGCGCUGAAUUCGAAACUUUUGGGCAUCUCUUCGAUAAAGUGCUAGUUUUGCUUCUGUAAAGUACAUUUCGGAAUGGAAAUCAACGAUAUGGAUGUGGAAAACAAAAAAACAAUCGAUGUCGAGGUCCACGUUAAAUCCCGAAGCACAGCUAAAAUGCCUGAGGUGAGGAUGCAUGUCCAGGCUCUUCUAAAUCGCCACAACAUGGUGUUUGGAAACUUCAAAUGGACAGAGUUUGAUGAAGGCUUCCUGCACACUCAUGUAGAAUCCGUGGCUAUUGUUGAUCAAGAGGAUAAGCCAUCACAGCUCCUGGAUUUGACGAGCUGCACAAUUUCCUUCCACAUCUUCACCCUGAUUGAGGAUGGGCCUAGUACACUCAGUUUAGAGGAGGAUGAGGAACUCUCAGCGGCUACCCACUGGUUGCUUCCAGCAGCUGAUUUCCAUGGUAUAUGGGAGAGUCUCGUAUAUGACAAUGGAGUCAAAACUAAGCUACUAGAUUAUGUCACAACAACAAUUUACUUCUCGGACAAAAACGUGGACAGCAACUUGAUUUCGUGGAAUCGUGUCGUGCUGCUCCACGGGCCCCCAGGCACCGGGAAAACAUCCUUGUGCAAAGCUCUUGCCCAGAAACUGUCAAUCCGACUGUCAAGCCGAUACACAUAUGGACAGUUUAUUGAGAUAAACAGCCACAGCUUAUUCUCAAAGUGGUUCUCUGAGAGUGGAAAACUGGUCACAAAGAUGUUUCAGAAGAUUCAACAGCUUAUUGAUGACAAAGAUGCUCUUGUGUUUGUCCUCAUUGAUGAGGUGGAGAGUCUGACAGCAGCGAGGAACGCCUGCCAGGCCGGAACGGAACCAUCUGACGCCAUUCGCGUGGUCAACGCUGUCCUAACUCAGCUGGACCAAAUCAAACAAUAUUCCAACGUGGUGAUCCUGACGACCUCCAACAUAACGGAAAAAAUAGACUUGGCCUUUGUAGACAGAGCGGACAUCAAGCAGUACAUCGGACCUCCAUCUGAGAAGGGCAUCUACAACAUUUUUCUUUCCUGCCUUGAGGAGCUUAUGAAGUGUCAAAUCAUUUACCCAAGCCAGCCCGUCUUCACCAUCUCGGAGAUGGAGACCAUGGGCUUUGCCAAGAGUAAUCUAUCUGAAAACAGCCUGACCCUGAGGAACAUCGCCAUAAAAAGCAAAGGCCUGAGUGGAAGAUCACUGAGAAAAUUACCCUUUCUAGCUCAUGCACUCUUUGUGAAGUCACCAAGAGUGACCCUAGAAAAGUUUCUACAGGCCAUGGACAAGGCGGUGGAUAUGCAGAAGGAGGAACGAGCUAACCUGGUAAAUGGUGUUUGACUCACACCAAAGGUUUUUUCAUGAGGCGUCAUCAGGUAACCUGGUGCUGAACGUUUACACAAAUUGAUUCAGCCACAGAAAGUUAUUGUGAUGAAUGCUGUCUGUGGAUUUUGUAUUGUAUUUUCAGUUGCUCAUUGGUUUAAGAUGCCUGAGAGUUAGCCUCGUCUAAUGACGGUUCCAUUGUCAAUAACAUAUUCCAAAUUUGUAGUCUGUUGCUACCAUAGUUGUAAAGUCAAUAUUUGUAUGAAAAAAACAAAACAUGUAUAUAUUUGAAAUUGAAGAAAAUGUUUGCGCCGCAGCAACUGCUACAAAUGCGAAAUCCACCCAAGCUAUCGACCUGUUCGUGUUGCGUUUACAUCCUUCACAGUCACACACCACAAUCGAUUGUUCUCACCUAAAGAAUCGGAUUUAACAAAGUCAUGAUCAAUUUUGAUCGACACUGUCCGAGAGGUAUUAACAUGUUCAGUGUUGAGGAUACUGUGUGGUUGCUCAGGUUUGUCUUUUGAAUGAAAUGUGGAAUUCCACACUCCAAAGUAAAGCCAUUUUACGUGA